GCCUGUGAAAGAAGCUGCUAAAGGUGUAAGGCUGUAAACAAGGGAAGCUAGGUUAGCUAGCCAGCCAUGGCUAACACACAGCGAUGUGCUGCUUAGAGCCGGAUUGUGCUGGACGACGUCCUCGGUGAAAAGGGAAAGAUGACAUGGAGAUAACACGCACACGGCCAUCGCUUUUUAGUGACAUUGCACAUGGCCUGGGGUUUUGGACAGACCGAUCAGCAGUGCAUGAAGCAGCAGCUCGUGGAAGAGUGGCACAGCUUCAGCAGCUGAUUGCAAAUGGAGCGAUGGUCAAUAUUGUAGCCGUGGACUCCAUUACCCCACUCCAUGAGGCUUGUAUACAGGGCCAAACACAGUGUGUAAAGCUGCUAUUGGAAGCUGGAGCUCAUGUGGAUGCCCGUAACAUAGAUGGGAGCACACCACUGUGUGAUGCUUGUGCAGCUGGUAGCACUGGGUGUGUGAAGCUGCUGCUGGAGUAUGGAGCCGUGGUAAACCCUCCACUCUUCACCUUCUCCCCUCUGCAUGAGGCCUGCAUGGGGGGUAAUUCAGAGUGUGUGCAGCUCAUGAUAACUGAGGGGGCUUUCAUGGAGGCCCACGAUUGUCACUUUGGGACCCCUCUUCAUGUGGCUUGUGCCAGGCAGCAUCUAGACUGUGCCAAAGUUCUUCUGAAUGCAGGUGCAAAUGUAAAUGCUGCAAAGCUUCAUGAGACAGCCCUCCACCAUGCUGCUAAAGCAAACAAUCUGGAGAUGAUUGAGCUGUUGGUUGAAUUUGGGGGUAAUGUGUUUGCCAGAGACAACCUUGGCAAGAAGCCCAUCCAUUACACCAACGCUGGAUCACCAGCAGCACUCUGCCUGGACUUCUACGAAACUGAACCCCUUAGUCUUCAGCACUUAAGCAGGAUUGCUCUCAGGAAAGCACUGGGGAAAAGAGCACUGGAAGUGCUGCCUCAGCUGGGGCUGCCCAACCGCAUGAUCUGCUACCUCACGUACAGGCCUGCGCCAACACUGGAGCUACUGACCAGCUUACAAUGUGGGCCCUGACAGUGACCAAUUCAGGCUGGCUGAUGGACUGAAUGUGCUGGGAAAAUAAGGGAAACUUACACAUACAUAAUACACAAUGCCUCUUACCUCUCAUUAAUGCUGCAGUUUGUGAAGCACUGCUGCAGAAGUUCAAUUAAUGCUCAGAUAUAAAUCAAAAUGAUGCCUUUUAAUGUGUGUUAUUCCCUCAUUAUUUGACAUACAAGUAAGCAGACAAUAAUAUAGAGUUGAUUUCAAAUGUGUCAUUUGCAUUUUUAAUUGGUUGGUGUAAAGUCUCAAUAUUACGUCCAAAGAGCUUCACUUCCAGAAAAGCAAAACAAGCCAUAAUUAGGCUGAAAAAUUCAAACCCAUCAGAGAGAUAACAAAAACAUUAGGGUGGGCAAAACAACUAUUUGGUACAUUAUUAAAAGGAAAGAAAGCACUGGCCAGAUCAGAAACAUCAAACGGCCUUGAAGUCCAUGGACAACAACUGUGGUGGAUGACAGAAUUUUUUCUGUGGUGAAGAAAAACCCUUCACAGCAUUUGGACAGAAUAAGAAAACCCUACAAGAGUUAGGCGUAACUGUGUCAAGGUCAGUAAUCAAGGGAAAGACUUCAUCUGAUUAAUUAAAGGGAGUUUACCACAAGAUGUAAACCAGAAGCAGGAAGACAAGAAAAAAAAAAGCUGUACAUUUCUACAACAUGUUACAUAGUAGAUAUGUAACUACAUACCAGAAUAAUGAAGAGAGUGGUUGGCAUAGUGUAGUGGGUAAAACCUCUGCCUCCUGUAGACUGGGCUUCAAUCCCCCACCAGGUUAAGCACCCUACACUACACCAAUAAGAGUCCUUGGGCAAGACUCCUAACACCACCUUGAGCUAAAAUUGUGUAAAAUGAUCAAAUUCUAAGUCGCUCUGGGUAAGAGAGUCUAUCAAAUGCCAUAAAUGUAGUAAGGAGAAGAGAAGGAACGGCUCAUGAUCCGAAGCACACCACCCCUCUGCAAAGCAUGGUGGAGGUAGUGUUAGAGCGUGGGUAUGUUUGGAUGCCAGUAGAACUGGUUCCUUUUAUAUUUGUUGAUGUGAGUGCUGACAAAGCAACAGGAUGAAUUCUUAUGUGCAUAGGGGUAUAUUAUCUGUCUGCUCAGAUUUAUCCAAAUGCUUCAAACCCUAUUGGACAGCACUUUGUGGUGCAGAUGCACGAUGACCUGGAGCAUACUGUGAAAGCAACCCAAGACGGUUUUAAGGCAAAGAAGUGGAAUGGCCAAGACCUCAGUCUAUUCGAGCAUGAUUUCACUUACUGAAGGUGAAACACCCAAGAACAAGCAGGAACUGAAGACAGCUGCAGUAGAGGCCUGGCAGAGUAUCACUAGAGAAGAAAGCCAGUGUCUGGGUUCCAGACUUGAGGCAGACAUUGACUGCAAAGCAUUUGCGACCAAGUAUUAAAAAAGACUUAAUUUCUGACUGUUAGUUUGUCCAUUUACCUUUGAGCUCCUAAUAAUGAGGGGUAGAAGUAUAAAAAUAGUUGUAAUUCCUACACUGCUUACCAAGUAUGGAUGUAAAUACACUUGAAGCUGAAAGUCUGUAUUUUGAACUGUUUAAUUCAGUUUGUUGUGUUAGACAGUGAAAAAGUGACAAUAACUUAGUUGAUGAUUUAACUGUAUGUAUCUGGCUGGGUAACUGAUUACAAUAAUACCAAUAAUAGUAGAUACAAUAACUGUAUUAUAUCUACAAGUAAUUUAGGUGCAUUUUGUUUUGCAAAACAUAAAUCAUGCAGCUGCUAACACUGACAUGUUCUUAAGACACGAUUCAUCACUAAGAUCCUUUAGUGGUUGGUAUUAAAGCUUGUGACAUCUUGUUCCUUAAAGCCAGCUGGUUUGUACAACCAAGCUGUGGGAUUACUGGAAUUGGAUGGCAGAGUAUAAAGUAGUUGUCAUUUACACUUAAGUCUUGCAAAGUUGUAUAUAUGUUUGUACUAAUCAACCUGCAUACAGAUUAAUUUUAUUUAAAUUCAGCAUUUGUAUAAAGUGAAUGUAAAUUGUAUGUAUACAGUCUAAAUAUCAUCUGUGUAUUUUGUAUAUACUGUGUCCACUUGGUGAAAAGGUUAUAAUUUAUUAGAUGAUAUGAUUUUCCUUGGAAAGUAUUACUGUUAAUGUGCAGUUAAUGUCGUCAUGUGCCAUGUAUGACACAUUGGCCAUUGUUUAAAUGGUAGUGCAUCUGGAAGGGUGUUUGCUGCAUUUUAUGCACGUUUCAGUCGUGUUCUGUAAGUGGUUACUGCCAAAAUAAUGAAGGCUUUGAACAAAGGAGGGAAUUUAAUUGUAUUAAAUCAGAUGUUUCAACA